GCGAGGUGAUCAUUACCUGAAACCUACCUAUCAUUAUCAGAAACUGUGAACGAUUGGAAGACCAUCUCGAUUCUGUGAACAUGUCAGCUAUACUUGGAUCAUACAGGCUCUCUCAGAAGAGAAAGGCAGAAAAAUUAAAAAUAAAGAAAAAGCAACAAGAGAUUAAAAAAGAGCUGAAGGCAAGCCAGCAGAUAGACCCACCGAAUUAUCAGUACCAGCAUCCCAACGACUUUGAAGGUGCCCAACCAUGCGCUCCCAUCUGGGAGGAUGGAGUCUAUGAUGACUCGCCAUUUUCUCCAGACGUUGUAUUCGAUCCGGAGUAUUCUGAAUGGAAAUUCAUGUAUGGGCCGAGUGAGGAUCAGGAAAAACUCUACGUGGUCAGAAUAUAUCGGUCGGAUAGGAUCUUGUACGUGAAUGGCGAAAAGUUGAAGCCAAAUGAUUACAAUUUGGAGGAACAAAAAGGAGGAAGUGUUAUUAAAAUCCACUUCAGGGUUGGGAAGUUCAAAUGUGAGAUUAAGUCGUCUUUAACGGAAACCCCAAAUGACCAGAAUCAGACCCUGAUCUUUAACGGAAAUCGCAUACAGUUUGAAGAGGAUGCUUUCGAUGCCGAGUAAACGCCUGUGAUGAAGAGGAUACCUCUAUAUUGUGCCUGUGAUAAACAACUCUUUCUCUUAGAUUUGAUAUUAAAUGUUUUAAAUUAAAUGUUUUAAAAGACAAAUCUUUAUUGACAGUCGUCUUGUAUGGUACGACGUCCAUGUCAUUCACGACAUUUUAUUGCAUCUUUUGGAAUGUACAAUAUAUCAAUUUGUUGCCAUCGCUUUAUUGGUAUUUUCUAUCGGUUUCCUGAACCAACAACCCAUACCCAAAGUCCAAACUAUAGUCACCAUAUGUUGAGGAAGAUGUUGCGUAAUGCUGUGGAAAGUGCUGCCCACAUUUUAUUGCAAGUGUUAUUGACAAAUAUGCGAUUGUUUUUGUUAAUUUAGAAAUGUGUCUAUCACAGGGGUUCUGCCAUUCCAGGAUAUUGUAUUUAAGGUAUGAGUUAUGAUUUAAUGCAAAUCGUUUAAGUGAGGAUUAAGAUUACGAAUGAUCGUGUUUAGGAGAUUGCUAUAGUAUUUAUGUUUGUGUAGCAUAACUAUUCAAAACACAGGCUGAGCGGACAUAAUUGCAUUGCAACAGGCACGUGGUACCGCAUUCCGUAUGUUACACAUUUUAUAUCAGCCAUAACGUAAUUAUGAGUACAAACCUUUAGCAAGACGCAAGUUAAUGGUAGCCCCCUUUUUACGCCUCUUAAUGCCAGCUGGGCAGAUAUACUUACCCCGGAAGUAUAUGUAUAUAGGUUAUUGAUUAAAAUAACGUAGCUAUUGUAUUGUAGUUUUGGUGUGAGCAAUAAUAUUAUUGUCAGUGUUUAAUUCCUUUGUGUUAUUUUUUUUUCUUUAUUUAUUUUUCCCAUUUUAAUAUCAUGUUGUUGGAAUCUGUGUUUUUAUUUAAAAUGGUUUUGAAUGUUAAAUUUGAAUUUUAAAUGUAAAAUGUGGGACCAUCAUUGUCUUUAUGGCAAGUUUUAGCCCAGUUGGCAAUGCAUUGUCUGUUUUAAAAUUAUGUUUAUUUCUCCCACCUCUGCCUAUGCAAGAACGCAUUCAUGUGCUAUAUAUGCCACUGACACAUGUUGACAUUAUUUUUUGUGUUUGAUUUAGAUGUUAAGUUAAUCAUCUAAAUUUGAAAAAAAAUCACUAUGAUACAGUAAGCUGACGCCAUCCUCAUAAAAUGUAUUACGUAAGCCAGUUUCAAAAUUUAUCACCUAGAGAAAAACUACGAUUCUUGCAUAGCCAGAAACCUACUUCAACUGUUCAGAUGAUUGAUAAUUAAACAACAUUGUGCAUAGUGCAGCGCUAAUCUACGAGUGGUCUAUUUUUCGUUCUGUUAAUAUUCACGUUGAAUAGAACUGGGCUAUACUAUCAAUACCUGGUACAUUCUGGGUGAGAGGUGGGAGAAAUAUAUUAAUUACAAUGACGGUAUUAUAGAUAUAUGGAAACUUCUCUCUAAUGUUUUUGACAGAUGAGAUCAGGAUUUCUAUAUCAUCUAAGCCUAAAUAUGAUAUACUCUUUUAGUGUUUGGAUAAAUAUUUAUUAAGAUAAAAUUGUAUAAGUGUUUUGUUGAGCGCCGUUUCCAACGAUAUGCAGGUGAGGAAUUUUUGGUCAAAGCUUCGGCGAAAAUUGAAGUGAUGAUACGAGUUGUGCAGAAGAUGAUUGAUCACAACGUGACCUGACUCAGUUGUACUGAAUUAUUCGAAAACUAUCAACAGUUGUAUCAAGGAGUUAAAUUCCGAUUAGGCAUAAUGUGUGCCUAUUUACAAACUAAUAUGUUAAGGUAAUAGAUAUCUAACAGAUAUCCAAUAAAUAUGUUUCAUUAAAUAAACAUCAAUUAACAUCGAUUUCCAGUAGAAACUUUAAUAAAUUGACGUUCGGUACAAUUGAGCCAAUGAUAGUUUAAUCAACGAAAUAUUUGACCAUAAUAGUAUUCAAAUCAUUCUAAAUGUGCUAACAGUUGUUUGUUAUAUAAUUGCCUAAAAUAACUAAUAUUACCCUGAAAAGUUGUAUGCAUGAUGGUCAAACAAACAAAAGUAAUGCGCAAUAACGAACAUUUAAAUGUGGUUUUGGGACGGUUCUAACCUUUUUUAUACAUGCGACAUAAAUUUAUUCUCUUAAUGGUAGAGCCAAUGAAUGCAAUAAUAAUCUAGUUUUUGUCACAAGAUAACAGUACAUAGACUUGAAAUCGAUAUAUUGUUUCAUAGUGGGGAUAACAUGUUGUACAUGUGCGACUGGAUAUAUGUGUGCAUAUCAAACAGGUUUGUGUACUUUGUCGUAUUGAUUACUAAACAAGGGGGGAUCAAUCAAGUCUGUAUACAGAUCGAGUGUUACCAGCGCCCUGUUGACAAACGCAUUACUCUGACCAUUGUUCAAAGCAUUUGUAUCAUAAUCAAUAGUUUUAUAUUCGUUCUCACAAUAUUAGAUUUUGUCUUUGUAUAUUGAUAUUUGGAGAAGUAUGUCGGAUGCCAUAUCAUUUAGAACAGAAUAGAAAGAACAUUUUUGUUGAAGAAUUUUUCUUUUAUUUGAAACAUAUUUUAAUUAAUUGACAUGAUAAUAUCAUAACAGCGACCACAUCUAUUAAAUUGCCUCCUUUUGAAUCAUUUUAACGCACAAUUAUAGCACGUAACAUGUCAAAUUAUUCUUGACUCUUUUUUAAAAGAAAUUUUCCGUCCUUACAUUCAGAUUAAAAACUCACAUGGUCUUGGUAAUGCCAUACACAUGUUGUUAUUGGUGGUUGUUUGGUAACUGUAUUUUAAUUUUUGAGUAUUAACAUUUUCGUAAUUGUUAAAUACAUGAUUUCAGAUGAAAGCUUUACAAAAGUUGGAUACAGUUUUUUUGAAUGAAUGUAAGUCAUGGACUAUAGUUUCAUUGAAUUUUGUUAUUUUUAUACCAUCCUUAUGCUCUGAUUUUCUCAUGCUUGUCUUUUACAGGUAUGCAAAACAAACUGAAAUCUUUAUGAAAUUUCACUAUUGUAGACUACUUGAACAUGAAAUAAACUCAAGUUCAUUGAAAUGAAAUUCCGAAUACAAAAUUAUAUCAAAUAAAAUCGGUUGAACUUGAUACUUAACUAAUUCGAACACUAUUUCAAUGUUUACAUAUUAUCUAAAUAACUGAAAACCAACGACAUAUUUGGAUAUCAAAGCGGAUGUGAAAUUAACCAUUUAGUAUUUCUAGCCUACAGCAAAUUUCAUAAUUGCACCGGUUAAUAUUAAAAAGUAGACAUAAAUUUAUUAGAAUGAUCACUUCGGGGAUUUAAUAAUAUUCAAACAGCUAUAAAAUCCAAUAUCAAAGAGGAAUAACAAUAAUUGUGUUUAAAUUGGGAUUAUAAUUCGUGUAUAUCCGACAUGAGUUUGUGUACCAUCAUAGCUGAUUGUAAUUCCGGCUGGACGGAACUGAAAUGCAUACAUUUGUACAUAUUUCAUACAUUCAUAAAAAUCAUAAAGUUUUACUCAUUUUUCGAAUAAUUCAUUUUCAACAUACCCAAUUACUACAUGCAAAAGUAAUGCUUCAAAGCAAACGAGGAAGAAAGAAAUUAAUCAAGUAUUCGGUUACAUUUGAAUUUUAAAUCACGUUUUUGAGUACUGGAUAACCAUAAUUUAACCGUAGUUGAAAAGAAAAAAAAGUAUUGUGAAUGAUAGUUUAUAGAUCUGAUAAAGUUAAAAACAAAUACUGGCCCUUGAUUACAUCCAGGUACUUGGUUUAAUCCAAGAAACUAUGAUUUAUUACACACCAUCGGUAAACAAUACCCUUUUUCUGUGUCAAAUAUGACACGCGAAUUACGGUAAUAUAUAUUACUACCUGUGCUUAGUAAAGAGAAGUAGAGAGAAUUGGGUAAAUUCAUGUUUGUUUUUUAUCAUUGUUCAUAUGUUAUUGUAUUUUAGGGAGACUGUACGAAGUUAGAAUUGUUACACAUUACAAACUAGAAAUUAAAAACAAAACGAUACAAUAAAUGUAUUGUAUGUA